UAAUUCUUUUUCAAACAUCGACUCACGUGCUAACAUGUCUCGACUAGAUGUCACAGAAUCUUUUCAGGGCAUCAUGUUUCCUGGGCACAUGCAUACUGAAGAAUCCCUGAAUUUUGCAACUAACUUCAAGUUUGAAGACACAGAUACUCUGAUUGUCACCUACCCUAAAUCAGGAACCACAUGGAUGCAAGAAAUCCUCACUCUGGUUUUGAGUAAAGGGGACCCGACUAUUGCCCAAAGUCAGCCCAACUGGGCUCGUGCUCCAUGGCUUGAGCAGUACUACUGCCCUGAAGUUCUAAUAGCAUCUUCUGGACCUCGCAUUAUUACUACACAUCUGGCUUACCAUCUGCUGGCACCAGCCCUGCAACACUGCAAAGCAAAGGUGAUAUAUGUGGCAAGAAAUGUCAAAGAUGUGUGUGUUUCAUAUUACCACUUCCACAAGAUGGCAAAUUUUCUGCCUGACCCAGGAACAUUCCCUGAGUUUCUAAAGAAUUUCCUGAAGGGUGAAGUGCAUUAUGGAUCCUGGUUCGAUCAUGUGAAUGGCUGGACCAGUCACGCUAAAGACUUUCAGAACUUUUUUUACAUCACUUACGAGGAAAUGUUUCAGGAUCUCCGUGGGUCUCUUCAGAAAGUGAGUCAUUUCCUGCAUUGCACAUUACACAAAGAAGAGCUGAAUCUUGCUGAGAAGCACUGUAGCUUCAAUAGCAUGAAGGAAAAUGCCAUGGUCAACUACACCCUCAUCCCAAAAGAGAUCAUCGACCACAGCAAGGGAAAGUUCAUGAGAAAAGGUAAAGUGGGAGACUGGAAGAACAUGUUCACAAAGGAGCAGAGUGGUCUCGUCGAUGAGGUUUACUUUUCACAGAUGGCAGAUUCCUCACUGCUGUUUCAACGGGAUUGCCCCGGGGAGACUCUAGUGCCCCUGAUAAACAUUAAUAAUCCUGCAUCCAGAGAGAUCCUUCUCCUCACAUAAGCACUCGCCACUAUUAACAUACUUCAUGCUAUGUGUAGUAAUGCCGCUAAUAAUUCAUUCCAUGAUGUAAAUAAGCUAAGCAAAAUAAGCUGAUGUAUUUUUGUUUAUCUACUUGGUGCUUUUAACUUAUUUUUUAAUAAAGGUUUCAGCCCUUUAAGACACUUUAAAUGAAAUGUAGCAGUAUUUACAACUUAAAUAGCUUAUAAAUUGCAAAUUUAUAGCCCCUUAAAGAGACUCUAAGAGAAAUGUAGCAGUAUUUACAAUUUAAACAGCUUGUAAGUUGAAAAUUUAGUUUGAUGCAAUAUCAUAAGUAUCGUGAUAUAGUGAUUUAAGAUUAACAUUAAAUUGAAGAUUAACAAACAUCUAUAUCAGAAUUGUGAUCAAAAAGUUUGACGUGACCUUGGUCCAGUCAUAUGUGUUUUAUAAAGAGAAAUAUGCAUAUACUCUGAAUAAAUACAUUUUCAUUGAUUUAUACUUUAGAUAGGAUACUUGGCUGAGGUACAGCUAUUUAAAAAUCUAGAAUCUGAAGGGUUUAAGAAAACAAUAUUGAAAAAUUAGCUUUCAGUUGUCCAAAUGAUGUUACACACUUAUUGAGUUGUAUAUAUUUAAAGUAAAAUAACACCAUGGAAUGUGAUCUUUACUUAAUAUACUAAUGAUUUUGACAUUAAAGAAAAUUGUAUAAUUUUGACCCAUACAAUGUAUUUUUGGCUAUUGUAAUUUGACCCAUUUAACUUGUGAGAUGUUGUAUGCGUGUGCUCCAGGAUCACAUAUCAUGUAAUUUACAAUGGAAUGUAAAUAAUUUAAGUGUAAAUGUAUUAUUUGUUUUACUAGAGCUAUACAGAGAUUUCACUCUUAAAAAAAGGUACAAAAUUGAAUCUUUUAGGGUACAAGUGGCCUGUCAAUGGGGUGGUACCCUAAAGGGUACAAAAUUGUACCUUCCACAUUUGUACCAUUUAAGGUACAAUUUUGUAUCCCCAAGGAACAAAAUUGUAGACACUGAAGGUACAAAAAUGUACCUUAUUAUAUUGCAUUUUCAGGGUACUGACCCAGGUAUUUUGAUCCUUUGGUGACUGCAUGCACAAAUAAAUAAAUAAAUAUUUUGGUUUACAGAUGCCCAUUUUUAUUUAGAAAUGUAGAAAUAUUUCAACUGAAUGUGUCAACAAAUCAAAUGUAAAAAUAAAGCAGUCAUUUAAAACAGUAAAAAGAACAAUUUAGAUAACAAGUAAAAAAAAAAGUUCACUCGCUGUACAGUAAAUAAUCAAUUGAAGCAUAAUGUUUUUUCUUGUUGCUCUUUGCUGUUCAUUAUGGCUUGGAAAAUAUUGUUAAUAUGCAACGCUACUGUGAAAGCAGAUAUAA